AUGUCUUCCCAAUAUUCCCUCAUUUUCUUCUUCUUCCUUUUCCUCUCUUGCAACACCAUCACUUCUUCAUCAUCAUCAUCACAAAACGACGACACUUUCGAUUUUGUUCGUCCUAUAGAUCGCAAGCUGUUAGGCCUAACCAAGAAGGAAAAACUAAGUCAUUUCAAAUUCUAUUGGCAUGACAUUCUGAGUGGAAAAAACCCAUCUUCAGUUUCAAUUCUUCCACCAUCUUUAAACUCAAGCACUUAUUUUGGUUCAGUCAACAUGAUUGACAACCCUUUGACAUUAGGACCAGAACUGAGUUCGAAACUUGUGGGAAAAGCUCAAGGCUUCUAUGCAUCUGCUUCACAGGUUGAACUCGGUUUACUUAUGGCUAUGAAUUUUGCUUUCAUUGAAGGAAAGUAUAAUGGAAGUACUAUCACUAUCUUGGGGAGGAAUCCUGCUUUCAAUAAGGUUAGAGAGUUGCCUGUUGUUGGUGGGAGUGGACUCUUCAGAUUUGCUAGAGGCUAUGCUCAAGCUACUACUUACUCGUUGGAUCUUAAAUCUGGGGAUGCUUGUGUGGAGUACAAUGUUUAUGUUUUUCAUUAUUGA